GGAAAUAUCUGCCCCACCUACCGGAAGCCAGCUGCGGAAGACUGACGCCUAAUCCUUCCUCCCGUGAUCUGCAGCUGUGUCCUCGCGAUACUAGUUGCCCCGAAAUGGCCGCGACCAGUCAAGGAAACUUUGAUGGAAAAUUUGAGGCACUGGAUCUUGCAGAAUUGACUAAAAAGCAACCAUGGUGGCGUAAACUGUUUGGGCAGGAAUCUGGGCCAUCAGCUGAAAAGUAUAGUGUAGCAACCCAGCUGUUAAUUGGAGGUGUUACUGGAUGGUGCACUGGUUUCAUAUUCCAGAAGGUUGGGAAACUGGCUGCAACAGCUGUAGGAGGUGGAUUCUUUCUACUUCAGCUGGCAAACCAUACUGGGUACAUCAAAGUUGACUGGCAGCGAGUAGAGAAAGACAUGAAAAAAGCCAAAGAGCAGUUGAAGAUUCGUAAGCAUAACCAAAUACCAACUGAUGUCAAGAGCAAAGCUGAGGAGGUUGUGUCAUUUGUAAAGAAGAAUGUUCUAGUGACUGGAGGAUUUUUUGGAGGCUUUUUACUCGGCAUGGCAUCCUAAGAAAUAAAACUUCACUUAAUUGUUUCUUUUUUCUUUGCCAGCAGCUUCAACACACAAACAUAAGACAAUUGAUACUCCUCUUCCUCCUCUUCUCCUGUGCCUACCUCCCUGUUGUACUGAAUGGCCUCCAUAGGCCUUUUAUGAGCUUCAGAUGUUGGAAAAGACAAUAGAUGUUAACUCUCCCAGUAUAAUCCUUACUACUUUGUCAAUGAGUAGCUUGGUAAGAAUGUUCCCUUUCCCCUAUGUAAGAUCCUUUUCCAAACUUCAUUUGAAAGCAGCACAUAGUUACCUUAGUAUGUGUUACAUUAAAAGGAACUGAAUACACUUGCAGUUAAGCAUGAAA